AUGAAAUUGAAUUACAAAUGCCCGGUCCGGUUGCCAACAGACUUGAAGUACAUACUGAAAUGGACCGAAGCGUUUUCACAUUACAACGAACCGAUGUUCAGGAACGGUCAAUUUGUAUUCUUGGAGAACAAUUGCUCUCACACCAACUGCUUCAUGACGAACGACAAAACCCUGCUCACUGAUGUGAGGAACAAUGACGCGAUUCUGUUUGACGUUGAAAACAAUUGGGAUCAGCAUCCCAUAUUCAGAAGUCCAAAUCAAAAAUUUAUAUUCAUGGCGUCGGAAUCGGCGAGCAAUUUCCCCGUCUGUCAUCCUUACUUCGACUCUUAUUACAAUUGGACGUGGAGUUACAAACUAAAUUCUGACAUUCAGAGGUUAUUUGUCUACAUCUAUGAUAAGAAAGGAGAGCUCGUUGGUCCAAAAAUGAAUAUGACGUGGAUCGAUCCUAUGGAACCAACAUCGAAGGAGGUGAAGACGUUAUUAAAAAGAAAAAGGAAAGCAAUAGCUUGGUUCGUUUCGAGCUGUCACUCCAAAAGCCGGAGAGAGCUUGUAGCUAACAAUUUAACUAUGGCUUUAAGGAAAUACGACUUGAAAAUCGACAUUUACGGAUGGUGUGGUAAACUGACGUGCCCCAGAGAUCGGAUGGGAGACUGUCUGGAGUUUUUGAAGGAGAAUUAUUAUUUUUAUCUGUCUUUCGAGAAUUCACUUAGCGAUGAUUACGUCACUGAGAAGAUAAUGCAUGCAGUAAUGCAUUACACAGUUCCUAUUGUAUACGGCGGUGCGGAUUAUUCAAGGUAUCUUCCACCACAUUCCUACCUAAAUGCACUAGAACUCGGUGAAAAGGAAUUGGCAAGAAGCAUCCACAACCUUAUGAGACACAAGGAACAGUACUUCAAAUACUUUAACUGGAGGAAUCACUAUGUAAUAAAGGCGACACCUAUGCUGAACGGCUGCGCUCUGUGCGAAACUCUGAACAACCCGGCGUGGUUAGUGCAGAAGGGUAGUUACUCCGAGUUCAGGAAGUGGUGGAACCCCGAGUACGAGAAUCGGUGUGCUUUCUAUACAAGAUUUCUUUAGUACGUUGGAUAUAAAAAACCGCAUAACAAUUUUUAUUAACGUAGAGUGUUUUUACUAUAGAAUGAGGCUAUGGAAGUAUGACUAAACAGUGACUAACUUAAACUCAUUAUCAAAAUAAUUUUGUGUUAUGAUUUCUUAUGUUUACGCGAAUAUUAGACUUCGAAAAAAAAUUAUU